UGACACUCAAAAACUCCAUUUUUCUCCCUCUGUAGUCCGUAUUAACAACCGCCGUCGCCGUCGCGCUCCUCUCAACGUCCGGCGCUUGUAAAAAUCUUCUCUUUACGAAAACGACAUGUCUUUGUGUUCGCCUGGAUUCUCUUCUUCAUCGUCGAACCUCUUCUACGCCGACGCUUCGACCAGGCAAUGCGGUCAUCCCCACCACCACAACGUCGCCGUCGAUCUUAGGGUUUUUCAUUGUUCCAAGGAGCCUUUGAAUCUGAUUUCUUCGCGCCAGUUAUUCUCGAUUGAGAACCGUGGGUUUGGUCUGAAGUGCACUGAAUCAGGAUCCGUUGCUAAGACGAUCGUCGAGGAAACCGAGUUUUCUGAGCCGAAAACUGAUCGCGGCGAUGGUGGUACCGGUGGCGGUGAUGGGAAUAUGUCCGGUGGCGGAGGAAAUGGAGGUGGCGGCGGCGAAGGUGAUGGUGAUGGUGAAGAGAAGGAGUUUGGACAGAUAAUGAAGUUUGAGGAGGUGAUGAAGGAGGCCGAAAGUCGGGGAGUGAAGCUUCCUUCCGACAUGGUUGAGGCUGCUAAAUCUAUUGGAAUACGGAAAGCUUUUCUUUCCCGGUACUUGGAUCUGCAGGGAUCAGCUUGGCCAUUGGGUUUUCUCAUGAAGCACUGCUCUAUGUUACGAAAUCGAAUGCUGGCAGAUCCUUCCUUCCUGUUUAAAGUUGGGACAGAGGUAGUCAUAGAUUCUUGUUGUGCAACGUUUGCGGAAGUUCAGAAGAGGGGAAAGGAUUUCUGGGCAGAAUUUGAAUUGUAUGCUGCGGAUGUUUUGGUUGGUGUGGUUGUUGAUAUUGCUUUGGUAGGUAUGUUAGCACCCUAUGCUCGAAUAGGGAAGCCGCCAUCCGUGUCAAAAGGUUUAUUUGGACAAAUACAACAGGCUACCAGGGCCCUUCCUAGCAGUGUCUUUGAAGCUGAAAGACCAGGAUGUAGAUUUACAGCGAAGCAACGAGUUGCCACAUACUUUUAUAAGGGUGUGUUGUAUGGAUCAGUUGGGUUUGGAUGUGGUCUUAUUGGCCAAGGCAUUGCAAACAUGAUCAUGAAUGCUAAAAGGAGCAUAAAGAAAUCAGAAGAGGAUAUACCUGUGCCGCCUCUCCUUGGAAGUGCCGCGCUUUGGGGUGUUUUUCUUGCUGUGUCAUCCAACACUCGUUACCAAAUCAUAAAUGGACUCGAACAGCUUGUCGAAGCAUCACCUUUGGCAAAACAGGUGCCACCAGUUGCAAUGGCAUUCACAGUAGGUGUACGGUUCGCCAACAACAUAUACGGCGGUAUGCAGUUUGUAGAUUGGGCUAAACUAAGCGGAGUGCAAUAACUGCAAUACAUGUGAACAUGUUUCACUUUUUCAAUAUCAAAUAAGCUAUAUAGAUUAUAUGUUUUCUUUGUGAGCAAUAAGACUUAUAAUUCUUUAGUUUUUGAGUUGGAAGUCAAUUCAUUUGCUGGGCUUGGACACUGCAUUCUCAUUUUACAGUCUCUAAGGUAAAGAUAUCACUUUAAACUAUAAGGUAGAUCAUUUUUCACCAAGACAAUGCCCAUUUUAAAUAAUUUUCAUGUGAAUUGACUCUCUUAUGAAUGUUAUAUGCUGAUUUUUUGACUA